AUGGCAGAUAUGACAUUGCCUGACCCAGCUCCAGCACCAUAUUAUUAUGACUAUGGAGAUGACGUUAGAACACCACAUGUAGAUGAACAAAAGCUAACAUUAUAUUUAGAUUUUUAUAGAUAUAAAAGAUAUAAUGCAAUAGAAAAAACGAGAAUAGUAUACUAUUAUGAAGAUGACAGAAAUAAAUAUUAUAGUCAAGACUUUACCUACCCUGAAAACAUAAGAUUAUAUUAUAAAAAAUAUUCUGACACAAACCAGAAGAAACCUGAAAUAGUUGCACUAUAUUUUAAGUUCAAAAGAGACAAUCCUAUAAUAUCUCAUAUGUUUGAUUUAAUGAACCCAGUAGGUUCUAUUUAUACAUCUAUGGAAGCAAGAGGUCCUCAAGUAAUGUUUGGUGUUGGUGCAUGGGAACAAAUAGUCGACAGGUUUUUGUAUUGUGCAAACUCUUCAAAGGAAACAGGUGGAAGUAAAACGAUUUCAGGUGAAAAUUUACCUGCGCACAGUCACUACAUAGAUUUAAGUACAUCUCAAGCAGGUUGGCAUAAGCAUAGAUAUUGGGAUUGGUCAGGAAUGACAAAAGGUAAAGGAUAUGAUGUUAAAGACGACGUUAAGUUUGCUAUAAAUUGUUACUGGAGUGACACUCAGGGAGAAGGAAACCAUACACAUUUCGUUUCAGGAUAUACGCAAACAACGGGACAAAGUAAAGACUACAUGCCACCUUACAUGACAGUUUACGCAUGGUAUAGAAUUGCUUAG